GAGGCUGGAGAAGGUUCGCCGGUUCUCGGCCGUGUCGGGGAAGAUGGCGUCCUGGAAGUUGACGCCGUGGGGCAGGAUAUUAUAGUUCUCAUCCAUCCUAGUGGAGGAAUCGUAAACAUUCAGAAAGGAUGCCGCACGUCAGUGCUGGACUUGAAUUUCACCCAAACCAGAACCGGAUAUUGUAAGGUUCAUCAACAAUCCAACACUUACGUUAAUCUCCAUUGUUGCUUACUUGUUUUCGACACGAACAUCUAAAUUUGCUUUCCGGAUUCCACUGAAGCAUCAUGGGUUCCGUCGAGCCCGUACUGAAUGGGGACACUGCUCGCUCCCCCAGUAUGGUGGAAACGUCAGAGGAGGCGUUGGUCCAGAUGAAAACUCUUAUUCAGGAAAACCGCAACCUUAAAGAGGCUUUGCGUCAGACCAACCUGUCGAUGAAAGAGCGUUUUGAGGAGCUGUUCUCGUGGCGCGAGAAGCAGCGGCAGGAGCGGGUGUUCCUGGAGACGAGGCUCGGGGAGGCCCGGGUUCAGUUGGAGGCCCUUGCUAUGGAAAACCAGGAGCUCAGCAAGAAUGUGACGCAGUCACCCUGUGCUUUGGAUGGCUCACAAGUCAUGCCUUCCGGUCACAGCGCCGAAACGGACGCCCUGCGCGCUCUGGUCAGCCGACUGCAGGCGGAGAAGAACGACCUGGUGGCUCUCAACUCCGAGCUGCAUCUGAAGUGCCAGCCCAACUCUUGUGAAGACUCCUUUAUCGAGAUCGUAACUGUGUCGGACGAAGUCGGCGUCCUGAAAGACGCCAGUGAGAGCAGCAAACAUCUCGACGCGAGCAUGACGGCGUCCCGUCUGGACAGCGAGGAGGUGACCGUCAGUCACCUGCUGCAAUCCCUCAGGAACGAGACCCAGCGAGCGGAGCGGCUGCAGGCCGAACUGCAGGCAACCGUUGACAUAAUAAGAACGAUGGAGGAAAAGAAGAGUCAACAUGCGACCAUAACAACACAGACAAGCUUGACAGAAGAGACCAGAAACAAUUCGGAGAAGGUCGAGGUGGCCUCCGAGUUUAUAAGAUCGCAGAUGAUGGCAUUGGUUCAAAAGCUGCAGCUGGCCCAGAGUAAGCUGGAUGAAGCGGAAGGCAUGAAGAAGAACCUGCAGGAGCGAUGUCACGAGAUGGAGAACGACGUGGCCGCUCUGAGGGCCCAACUGGUCGACACGCAGGCUGUUAAAUCGCAGAACGAAAAGCUCAAGGUGCAACUCGACAGCAUUAAGGCGCAGAGCUUAAUGGUGCAGAAGAGGUCCGGGGAGGAGAGGAGCAACCUGGCCCAGCUGAAGGACGCCUACGCUAAACUGUUCGAAGACUACAAUGAGCUCCAGGAAGAGCAGAAGAAGAGAGAGGCCGGGUUGGUGGGCAAGGAGGUGGUGGACGAUCUUAAAAGUCAGCUCAGCGCCGCUGAGAAGGCCCUGGCUACCAAGCAGGAGCACAUUGACAUCUUGAAGCAGGAGGUCUUCAAGAAGGAGAAGGAGCUGGAGAGCAUCUCUGUCCUGGAGGCGCAGGCCGAGGUCUACGCCUCUGAUUUUUUUGCCGAGCGGGCGGCGAGGGAGAAACUGCACGAGGAGAGGGAGCGUCUCUCUGUUCAGCUGGAAUACGUAAAGAAGCAGAACAUCCAUCUGCAGGAGAGGAGCCGGAAGAAGAAAAUCUUUCACCUUCCCCAACUCUCCGCAGCAAAUACGAAUAGCAUCAAUUGUUUGCAGACGUUAGGUGAAAUGCAAAGAAGACAUGUGCCAAAUCCAAAUGCACAAGGGCAAGCUUUAGUUUCAAGAGGCACCAACUGGCAGCGUCAGGGCGGUAUUCCCGCACACGUUUGUCCAAAGUGCGAGGCAAUACUGCCAGAUCUGGACACUCUGCAGAUCCACAUCAUGGACUGCAUCAACUAGCCCCCGUCUCGUUCGUUUAUGAUAGCCGUAAUUGCACUUUAAUCUGAGUCUUCCUCUGGACUUAACUGUUUCCUGCGAUGAGACGAGAACGGUUCGAGUCAGCGACUCCUCGCUUGUUCAAAUGCAAGAUUCGGAAGAGUUGAUAUCGUUUUCACGUUUGACGUCAUCUCAGUUUUGUUUGCGUGAGUCAAGGCAAUAUGCAAGGUAAAUAAAUCUGUCACUCGGGGGCUUUUGUACUAUUGGGUAUUUGAAAUUUAUCAUCGGGCACAUAUACUUUAUAUAAGCAGGUAUAUUUAAUUUUAGGAGGCUCACACCGUGGCAACCUUUUGACCCUGCACACUGCUCUUGCAGAAUGUUCUGUUAAAUAAAUUGAUGUCAUCAGGUCA